GGUAAAACACGUCAUCACUUUCAGCCGACCGAGUUACGAGUUUAGUCUGACUCAUUUAUCUUGUUAAAUCCGAAAUACUUUUUUGAUUUUUUUCUCUACAGACUUUGUUAAAAACUUAUCUGGAGUGUGAGCACCUUUGAAAUGCUCAACAUGUAUGUUUUAUUGGGGGUGCAUAGUUAGUGACGUCAUCGUACGUCCAGACCAGCGAUGAGUAGAACUUUAUUACUUUUGUGUCUUUUACUACUUUCUGUCACUAACUACUCUCAAGCUGCUUUUAGCAUUCAUGUGGACCUCGGAAGACCGGCAGCACGACUGGAACACUUCUGGAGAAGCACUGGGUUCUGUCCUCCCCUGCCUCACACCCGGGCUCACCAAUAUGACCUGAGCAUUGACCAGCAACAGAACCUGGCCUAUGUGGGUUCUGUCCCCCAUGGAGGAAUCCAGCAGGUCCGAAUACACUGGAUGUUGGAGCUGGUCUCUGGACAAGAUAUCGGAGGCCAACCCCAGUACGAUUUUAUAAAACUGGACCAGCUGAUUAGUCUCUUAUGGAUUAAUGGACUUCGACCAGGUUUCGAACUGAUGGGCAGCGUGUCAAACUAUUUCAGCGACUUUGAAGACAAAGUUCAAGUGUACAAGUGGAAGAAUCUGGUUUAUCUCAUCGCCAAGAGGUACAUAGACAGAUAUGGUCUGGGGAGUGUGUCUCAGUGGAACUUUGAAACAUGGAACGAGCCCAACAACCACGACUUUGAUAAUGUCAGCAUGUCUAUUCAAGGUUUCCUCAAUUACUACGAUGCCUGUUCGGAAGGUCUGCGGGCUGCCAGCCACCUGUUGAGGCUCGGAGGACCAGGAGACUCCUGUCACUCGGCCCCACACUCAGCAUACUGUUGGGCCAUGCUUCAGCACUGCUACAAUGGCACAAACUACUUUACUGGAGCAACCGGGGUCCGGAUUGACUACAUAGCCCUGCAUAAGAAGGGAGGAGGCCACUCCUUGCCCAUCCUUCAACAGGAAAUGCAGACAGUGGAGGAGAUCCAUCAGCGUUUCCCUCGGUUCCACAGCUUGCCCGUGUACAACGAUGAGGCCGAUCCCCUGGUGGGCUGGUCCAGGCCUGAGGAGUGGAGAGCAGACGUGACCUACGCUGCCAUGGCGGUCAAGGUGAUUAGCCAGCACCAGGAUCUGAAAUUAGCAAACAGCACCAUGAACUACACCCUUCUGAGCAACGACAACGCCUUCCUUAGCUACCACCCACACCCCUUCACCCAGCGCACACUGACCGCUCGUUUCCAGGUCAACAACACCCAGCCUCCUCAUGUGCAGUUCAUCAGGAAGCCCAUCCUCACUGUCAUGGGCCUGUUGGCUCUUCUAGGUGAGACACAGGUCCUGGCGCAGGUUGUUAAAUCCUCAGGAGCCAAAGACAGCGCAGUGGGAGUCCUGGCAAGCAGUCACCAGCCCCAAUUCCCCUGGGGCUCAGACAGCUGGCAAGGGACCGUGCUGGUCUACAACAGUGACGACAACCGCACCUCCAACAGCACUGAGGACGUCACCCUGUCAUUGCGAGGACUGGAGCCACACACAGGUCUGGUGUACGUCACAUAUCUCAUGGACAACAAUGUGAGCAACCCGUAUCAGCAAUGGCGGAACAUUGGGAGUCCCAACUACCCUACAGUACAACAAUUCAGUCAAAUCAGGAACACCCAGGAGCCUCUCGUUGACGGACCCUGGCCAGUGCCUGCAGGCGACACGCUGACUCUGAAGGCCAGACUGCGUGUUCCCUCGGUGCUCCUGAUACACCUGUGUGCACGCUCCAAAGCUGCCCCAAACCAGGUCAACGGCUUACGCUUCAUCAAGAUCACCCGAGGCCAAGUCCUCAUUAUCUGGUCUGACGGCUGUGUGGCUUCCAAGUGCAUUCAAACCUUUGAAGUGGAAUUCUCUGCGAGCCAAAAUGAGUUCAGCAGGAUUAAUAGCCAAAAGACCAUUUUUACAUCCUAUGUUUAUUCGCCUGUGGACCAGGAAGUGAGCGGCUGGUACAGAGUUCGAGCGGUGGACUACUGGAGCAGACCUGGCAUGUACUCGCUGCCUGAGAGGUACUCAGAGGAUCACAUGACAUAACACAUCUAUUACACCUAGUAGUCUUGUCCCCAUACCAAUAUUUUGGUACCGGUACCCAAAAUGUAUUUCCAUACUUUUCUAAAUAAAGGGAACCACAAAAAUGGCAUUAUUGGCUUUAUUUUAACAACAAAUAUUAGGCUGCAUAAAAUAUAUAUGUUUUAUUAUUGUCAUUUAGUCCUUAAAUAAAAUGUUGAACAUACUAGACAACUUGUCUUUUAGUACUAAGUAAACAAACAAAGACUCCUAAUUAGUCUGCAGUAACAUGUUGUGUCAUUUAUACACCUAUUAUGUUGUACACAUUAUGAGGGACAAGUGGUAGAAAAAGAAUUAUACACUACUUGUUAAUAUCUGCUUACUUUUUAACAUGUUUUAUCUACACUUCUGUUAAAAUGUAAUAAUCACUUAUUCUUCUCUUCUUUGAUACUUUGCAUUAGUUUUGGAUGAUACCACACAUUUAGGUAUCGAUCCAAUACCAAGUAGUUAGAGGAUCGUACAAUAAAAUACAAUACCUAAUAAACCAAUAAUAAUAUGGUUAAGAAAUACUGAUGUAAAGGGUAGGUGUCACACUGUUUUCUCUUUUAACAUGUUCUGUUAAAAUGUAGUAAUCACUUAUUCUUCUCUUCUUUGAUACUUUACAUUAGUUUUGGAUGAUACCACAAAAACUUGGGUAUCAAUCCGAUACCAAGUAGUUACAGGAUCAUACAUUAGUCAUAUUCAAAGUCCUCAUGUGUCCAGGGAUGUAUAUACUGAGUUUAAAAACAUAAUAUGAACUUUUAAAAAACUAAAGAGAUGUUGUGAUACUAACAAAUAUCGAUGUAAUCAUAGUAAUAUCGACUAGAUACGCUCUUGUACUUGGUAUCAUUACAGUGGAUGUCAGGUGUGCAUCCACCCCUGGCAUUUGUUUACAUUGUGAUGCCGGUGAGUUACAGUAUGUAGUGAAGCAUGUUUAGCUAUUCCUCGUCCUUCAGUGAUAAUGAUACUUGUAAGAAACUUACUUUAUUUGUCGCCAUGGAGGCAAGGAUUAGUGAUUUAGAAGUAGCUAAAACACUGUGGAUGGACUUUAGCCGCUAGCCAGCUCACCAUGUCUUAAAGCAGCUCUUCCUGGGGAUGUUUCAGUGUUAUAACUUCACCUUUUGUUGAAGUAAUAUUCAAUAAAUAUAUUUAUAAAGGAUUUUUGAAUUGUUGCUAUUUUUAGAAUAUUUUUUAAAAAAUCUCACGUACCCCUUGGCAUACUUACAAGUACCCCCAGGGGUACGCGUACCCCCAUUUGAGAACCACUGCCCUAGAGGAGAGGUGGGGUUGAGUUUUUCCUUGCUCUGAUGUGGAAUCUGAACCGAGGAUGUCGUUGUGGCUUGUGCAGCCCUUUGAGACACUUGAGAUUUAGGGCUAUAUAAAUAAACAUUGAUUGAGUGAUUGAUUUAUCUUUACUUUUUACACCAAAACUGCGUCCGUUCUCCCUUUUCUGUCUACUCACUGUGUCUGCUUGUAAGUACUCUGUGAUUGUGCGCUGCCGAACAUGCUCCUCUGCUGGUAAACCAGCAAUAUCACGACUACGGGGGAGGUCAGGGGACCGGUACUUUUUAGAGGCGGAAUAGUUCCGAAUAUGAUCCAUUACUAUCUACUACUAUUCUAAAAGCGGUAUAUUGUACAUCUGUAAUACUUAUGAAAGUAUUUUCUUACUUGUCAUUAAAUGUAUUUUAUUUCCUAAAUAAAGUUAACAAGCUUUUUGUCCAGUAGAAUUCCGUACGUGGUUUUAAAGAGACACACCUGUGUGUUUCCUUACAAAAUUUAUUGCCACUGGUCCACCAGGAAGACACAAUACAGAUGUUGCCCAUCAGCGUGACAAUGAUGAUGCUGUUUGGGGGGAGACUUUUGUACAUUUCAUACAUUCAUGUUAGCAGCAGUAGAAGAAUGGGCUUGAAAGACUGACGUUUUUGUAUCUUGGCAAACAAAUGUGUUUUCUGUCAUGGAUCAAUGAUGCAGUGAGGUGUUCCAGUUGAGUCACUUCUUGGAGUGCUGACUUCACUCCUGCUAUCUUACUGACGAGGAGUUUAGCAAGCGC